AUGCAUGAAGUGGACACGGUCGAGUUGAAAGAAAGAGCAGUGGGUGUUGUCAAAGGUUACAUUGGGUAUCGGUUUGCAUUUUGCAGCAACGCCACUGCCGACGCCGGCCGCUGGUGUGGUCCCUUGUCCAGGCAAAGUGCGAAAUGUCGGGGAGGUCAUGCCGCCUGUACCUUAACAGGGUCUCGUGCCAGAUCACGGGCGGCCCGACCGGAGCGCCUCGAAGAGGAGUACUACCCCCGCGAUCAAUACCAUCGGUAUCCGCGGGAAUAUCCGCGAGACCGCGACUAUCACGAUGGAUAUUCCCACGACUACCGAGCGGACGAGGCCUACGGUCACGAUUACACGAGGGAGUACGCCCGCGACUACGCCAGAGAGAGCUAUCCCCGCGAAGAGCGAAGCGCCAGACCGCGCGAACGCGAUCCGCCGGAGGACUACGGGCCUUCGAGACGCGCUCUCAACGCCCUCUAG